AAGAUAUCCAAGUUUUACUCUUGUACCAGACCAGUCAAUUUGAAUACUGAAGGAUUGUUUUCUUGAUAGACUGAAUUAAUGGCUGCUGAUACUAAAGCUUUAUCAACACAGGUUUCCCUGUAAUUUUCAUUGUUUUGGAAGUCUCAAGUGUUUGUUUAAGUGUCAGUCAUCAGUAGAUCAGUAUGGAGUUGAUUUCUCUUCCUCUAGUUCUCUUGCUGAUUUCAAACAUCCACUCUGAACAAACUGAAGAUGUAACACCAACUCUGACUGUGCAGCCACAGACGUCUGUGUUCAUUGGAGACUCAGUUACUCUGAUCUGUGAGGUUCAUCAGUCCACUGGAUGGGAGUUUAUCUUCAUAAACCCUUCAAACACUGAAACCACUGAAACUACAGGAACUAAAACAAUCAGAUCUGUGCAAGUCUCUGAUGGAGGAGAGUACACAUGCAUAGCCAGAAACAAAGAAAACCCUCAGGUUUAUACACAAUACAGUAAACCAAUAACAGUAACAGUAAGUGAUAUAACACCAACUCUGACUGUGCUGCCACAGACGUCUGUGUUCAUUGGAGACUCAGUUACUCUGAUCUCUUUACCCAGAGUUACAGUGAGAGUAACACCAGACAGAUCUGUGUUCACUGGAGAGACAGUCACUCUGAAGUGUGAGAUAGAGGAUCAGUACAGAUCAUUAAACUGGAGAUAUCUGUGGUAUAAAGACACAACUGAAGUGUUUAACUUUAAGAAUUACAUUGUAAACAGAGACUCUCUCACUAUCACUGGAGUUACUGAAUCUGAUCAGAAUAAGUACUGGUGUAGAGGAGAGAGAGAUGGACGACCCUCAUCCUCACAGGACAGUGAUCAUGUGACUCUCUCUGUUAAAGAUAAACCACAGACAGUUUUAAGUGUUUCUCCACAGCAGUGGUUGACUGAAGGAGAUUCAGUGACUCUGAUGUGUGAGGUUAUAAAUUCAUCUACAGGCUGGACAUUCAGCUGGUUCACUCUACAGAUGAAUAGAUAUGUUGAUUAUGAGCUGGUGUCAAACAGCAGUGGAGGAUCUAAAGGCAUCUACACAGUGAGUUCAGUGACUGUGAAGCACACAGGAGUUUAUAUGUGCAGAGCAGAGAGAGGAGAUCCAGUCUAUCACACAGACUACAGUAACACACAAACACUGUGGAUCACUGGUGUUUCUCCUUCAGUCUCUCUGAUCAUCAGACCCAACAGAUCUCAACACUUCUCAUCUGAAUCUCUCUCUCUGAGCUGUGAGGAUCACAGUAACUCUGCUGGAUGGACAGUGAGAAGAUACACAGACAAACUGAAACCUUGUUCAGACUGGAGAUCUACAGGAACAACAUCUACAUGUACAAUCAGAUCUCUCCACACAUCUGACACUGGAGUGUACUGGUGUCAGUCUGAAUCUGGAGAGAAACUUCAUCCUGUUAAUAUCUCAGUACAAAAUGUUGAUGUGAUUCUGGACAGUCCUGUUGAUCCUGUGACUGUAGGAGAUAAUCUGACUCUAUGCUGUUUAUAUCGAGAUAAAAAUCCCUCUAACCUGAGAGCCGAAUUUUAUAAAAAUGAAUCAGUGGUGCAGAAUCAGACUACAGGAGACAUGAUGAUCAUCUCUACAGUCUCAAAGUCACAUGAGGGUUUCUACUACUGUAAACACCCAGAGAGAGGAGAGUCUCCAAAGAGCUGGAUCUCAGUCAGAGAGAACACAAGUGAAGAUGACGAAACCAUGAACUCCAAACUGAAGAAGGGAGAAGAUCAAGAUGUGGCUUCUGUAUCUACUGAUGUGACUGAUGCUCAGAAAAAAUAAAAGACCAGAGGAGAAAAAUAAGAGAGAUGUGUCCAUAAAACAACCUGUGAUUAUUACAGUAUAACACUUAAGAUUUGAUUAUUAAUCAUAUCUUAAGCAUUUACAAAUCUUUCAAUGCCCAUACUUUAAAGUUUUGUGAUAGAGAAGAAGAUCAUCAAAGUUGAAUUACUGAGAGGGAAAUACAUGUACUAAUUCUUAUUAAUGGGCUACUUAAUGAUAUUUGGAAUUAAUCUUGUUUUGAAAUCAUAACAUGUCUUGGUGCUGAUGUGUCAAAAACAGUAUCCUGAUGUGAAAGAGGUGCUGAUUCCUCCAUAGGAGAUAUUUACAGUGAUUGAUAUCAAGAAAGACUGGUGUAAGACUCUGAUAUAUCUGGGGCUUACUUGACUUCUUAUUUCACAUGUCAAUCUUUUGGCUGACUACAGUUUGGGAAAACAUAAUAUUUGCACAUGUUUAAGAAUAAUCUGCAUGUAAGUACUUUUUAAUACUUUUAUAUUAUAAGCUGUUUUUGUAUAAUUAAAUAAAAUCGUCUGGCUGUGCUCUCACCACAGUUAAAGUUUAUAAUUAAUGCUUGCAUAGAGAGGUUUGAUGUUUUUGUGGCAUCUCAGCCUUGUUGUUCGAACAAUAAAGAUGUACUUUUUGACACCGGAAACCGUUGUCUGAGAUUUUUUACUGCAUAAAGAGAUUUAUUUUCCA